AUGGACUACUCCUCCAUAUCGCAAGACCCGGCAACGGGCACCUCUCCCUGGGCCUCCCCUCGAACAAACGAGUCCGCCUAUCAAGCCUCCUCGACAAGCGAUAUCCCUCCGUCCCCCUUGCCCCCACACGAAUCCGCAUACGACGCGGAAAGGGAUACGCAGCCCGGCGAUGGCUCUCGGACCGACCAACCCACAGCUGAGGGUGAAACCGACUCUCCAGAUCUAUCGGGGCGACUACAAAACACUCAGCUGAAUGACCCGGCCAACGCAACCUCUCAAUCGGGACAGCAAUACGGUCAACAUCCAUCUCAGUUGCCCGCUCGCUAUCAGACGGGGGCUAGGCAGCACGCCUGGCAACAACAGCAACAGCACCAACAACCACCCCCUCCUGUGUACAGAAUUCAAGCCAAGAUUACCGCGUUGGAGAGAAUCGGAAAAAAGGACCCUAUUCUUCGGUUUGAUGUCCACACCAAUGUCCCCAAAUUUCGAACCACACAGUACCGCGACGUCCGCCGCACCCAUAACGAAUUCAUCAAGCUUGCAGAGCAUUUGAUGUCGGCAAACCCCGAAACCUUUGUCCCUGCCGUCCCCCCGCCAUUGACCCCCGCCGGUGCCGGGACCGAAGAGGAUGAGAUUCGUGUGAAAUCUUCGAUGCAGCGAUGGCUGAACGUCGUGAUGGGGAACGAUGUCCUCAUUCACGAUGAUGAAGUGAUCCUGUUUGUCGAGAGCGACUUCGGAUACAGCCCCGUUGUGCGGAUGAAGCAGCCGGCAACGGGAAUGCGAAGAAAGGUCCUGAAGCAGUUCGCUCCGCCGCCCGACGACACACCCGAGCUGCAGAAUGCCCGACCGACGGUGAAGCUGUUCUAUCUGGGCAGUAUGGAUGCGAGCCACAAGGUGGACCGGGUUGUUAAGGGCCGACGAGGACUUGGUCUUGCGGAAUCGGACUUUGGCGUCAAGCUGGGACAGAUGCACGUGCAAGAAACACACCCGGGUCUCGCCAAUGCUUAUCGCAAGCUGGGCAAGGUCAUCCAGACGGUCGGCGACUACCACGCAGUCCAAGCUACUGCCGAGGCGACCACGCUCGGGGAACCCCUGGGCUACCAUUCAUCCGACGCCUUCAUCGUGAAAGAAACCCUCACCAACCGCCAUAUUCUCCUUCGCGAUCUGCUUCAGGCCCAGCAGGCUACGCGCAGCAAGCGCGCGGCCGCCGACCGACUGAAAGUCAGCUCCUCCGUUCGACCGGACAAGGUGGACGAGGCGAUCAACGCACUGGAGGAGGCCGAGAACAACGAGAGCUACCUGACCAAGAAAACGCAGCGUGUGACGGCCAACCUGCUGGCGGAGAAGCGCCGCUGGUUUGAGCGCACCUCCGGAGACCUGUUGACCAGCUUGCGGGAGUACACGCUCCGUCAGAUCGAGGCCGAGCGCAGAACGCUUGCGACCAUGGAGAGCGUUCGACCGGACAUCCGGGCCAUCGACUCGUCCGGCGGAUUGAGCCGUCUGGGUCGCGAGGCUCAUCCCGCCCAGCGACGACCGAACCUGGGCUCGAGCCAGGGCCCCAAGGGCGAUGCGUGGAGUGGCAUUCCUCGUCGCAGCGACAGUCUCGGACGUAGUCUGAGCGGCAGCAUGAUCUCGCCUACCCCUGAUGAUGACGACGAGGUCAAUGGCCAGGGCAAAGGCAGACUACGCUCUGCCAGUGGCGUCAGCUCUAUCGUCGAGGAAGAUGACGACGACCGGCUUGACGCGCGCAAUGCAGCAAGUCGACUAGCUACCAGUACCUUUUGA